UGAUAUUUUUUGCGUUAGAUAUAGGAACUUUAGGCGCCUCUUUCGGUUCGCGCUGGUGCCCGCCACUUCCUCGCGCACUUUUCAGUGCGGUCGUACAGUUAUGGCAGGCACAGUUUGCCUCGUUAUCCUGGAGGAUGGCCAAAGAAAGAAGAUUUCGCUGCCAAACGGCGCCUACGCCGAAUUGCUGUUUGCUUUACGCUCUCUGACCGACAUCAAUGACACCACUCUGGUCCAGAUGUACGACGAGGAGCUUGAAGAUUACGUUGACUUGGAUAUGCACAGCAACAUCCAAAACAAGGCCAAAAUAAGAUUGGCACGGAGGAUAGCCCCUGAAAUGAAUCGUGCAGGCCCUGCGUUUGCUGUUCGAGGUGGAAGCAACACGGAAAUGACUCAGUCUAGUGCUGUUACAGAAUGUGCAGAGGAGGUGCAGCAUGUACAGUCUGUGCCGUUGGAGAAGGAGAAGGACUACUUAGAUUUUGUACUACCCUCUUUUGACCAUUACGAGGAAGUGCUUCGUAGAAAGGUCCCAAUUAAUUGUGCAGUGCGACGUGCCAUUAUCAACAAACUGUUUGCAGCUUGCUUCAAGAUAGCUUGGUGAG